AUGUGCGGUAUAUUCGCGUACAUCAAUUAUCACAAACGACAGACGGUGCGGGAGAUCUUCAACGUGUUGCUUGACGGACUGCAGCGUGUGGAGUACCGGGGCUACGACAGCGCUGGUCUUUGCAUCGACGGCCAGGAUGCCGACCAGCCACCGGUGCUUAUUCGCAGCGUGGGGAAUAUUGCGCAGCUGCGUAAAAUUGUCUUCAGCGACGAGACCGUCUCGCUGGUGGACCUCGACGCGUCUUUUGACGUUCACGUCGGCAUUGCCCACACCCGCUGGGCCACCCACGGCAUGCCUUCUGUGAAAAACUGCCACCCGCAGGCCAGCAACGAUCAGGGCUUUGUCGUGGUGCACAAUGGCAUCAUGACGAACUUCAUGCCGGUCAAGCAGAUGCUGCUGGAGAGGGGCUACCACUUCAGCGGCGACACGGACACGGAGGUGAUUGCGGUGCUUCUGGAGUAUCUGCACACGCAGGAGCCAAAACUGUCACUUGUUGAACUUGCCACAAGAAUUACUUCCAUGUUGGAGGGCGCGUAUGCGCUGCUGGUUAAAUCGAUGUUCUUUCCCAAUGAACUGAUUGCCUGCCGUAAGAGUUCCCCGCUAAUGGUCGGUUUUCGUCGUGGGGGCCCAAGCGGCGCGGUUGCGAAUGGAGAUGCCCUGCCACUGACCGAGUUGUAUUUUGCCUCGGAUGCCAAUUCUUUUAUUGCACACACGCGUGAGGUCAUUUUUUUGGAGAAUGGCGACAUUGCGCACUUUCACGAUGGUGCGCUUGCUCUCUACGCCACCAGCAACACCACGGCUGGUCUUAAUAAUUCUGUCGCCGUGGCAACGCCCGUCAGUCGUGCGCCGCAGAUCAUUGAUGCCACGCCCGAAGGUCUUUCCAAGGAUGGCUACGAGCACUUUAUGCUGAAAGAGAUUUACGAGCAGCCAGAGAGCGUCACACGCACGAUGCGUGGUCGCAUAAACUUUUUAAAGGGUGACGUAAACUUUGAUGGCAUGGAUGCGAGUAUAUUAGCAGCUCUUUCUAGGGCACAUUGUCUUAUGUUGAUUUCAUGUGGAACCUCAUACCACAGCUGUCUUGCUGUGCGUCCGAUCUUUGAAGAGUUGCUGCGGAACCUGUCUGUGGUGGUGGAGAAUGCCCCGUACUUUAUGGACCGGCAGCCACGUGUUCAUCGCGAUGAUAUCUGCGUGUUUGUUUCACAAUCCGGCGAGACUGCCGAUACAAUAAUGGCACUGCAGUACUCUAAAGCAGCCGGUGCCACUCUUAUCGGGGUGACAAAUGUCCCGGGCUCCACCGUCUCGCGGCAGACAGAUUACGCCAUAUCCCUCAACGCUGGUGUGGAGGUGGGAGUUGCCUCAACGAAAGCCUACACAUCACAGAUUGUUCUCCUCACCCUUCUGGCUCUGUUAAUGAGUCAAACAACGAAUAGUUCCUGGAAUGACAAGGAGACUACAAAAAACAUACGUGGGAACACUGAGGAAAAUAAGAAGGAAGUAGAAGAAGGAAAGGAAGAGAACAAUCAAUAUGUUCAGAAAAGACGUGCAGAAAUUAUUAGUGGACUUGCUGCCCUUCCCGCAGCCAUUUCUCAGUGUCUGAAGUUUGUCAGCGACGCCGUUAUUUCCAUCGCAGAGGAGUGGCAUGAUGCCUCUACCAUCCUUGUAAUUGGUCGAGGCUACGACUACCCUACCGCACUGGAGUCCGCUCUAAAGGUAAAGGAGGUAAGCUACGUUUUCACAGAGGGCAUUCACUCUGGCGAGCUAAAACACGGUCCGCUUGCACUUGUGGAUGCGAACUCGAGGGUGAUUGCUUUUUGUGCGCAUGACCGUCAUUUUGAGCGUGGCAAAAGUGCCAUCCAGCAGGUGAAGGCACGUGGUGGACGUGUAGUUGCGAUAACGACCCAGAAGGACGCAGAGGUAGAGAAUGCUACCACGCUGUGCGUAGAAGUGCCAAAGGUGGUGGAUUGUUUGCAAGGUGUUGUUAACGUUGUGCCACUGCAGUUGCUUGCGUAUUAUCUUGCUGUGCGACGUGGGCACAAUGUAGACUGCCCGCGUAAUCUUGCAAAGAGCGUCACGGUGCAGUGA